GUGAUUAUUAUCCGAAAGCAAAGAGCUGAAUUCUAAUGGCCAUGGCUGUUCAAGUAGCAAGUCUCUGGCUACCCAGUUCUUCUUCCACAACCCCAACUCACUUAAACCUUCUUCAUUCCCUUGGAAGCAAAUCAAAGCCACCAUCAUCGUCUUCCUCAGCUCUCUCUGCUACUUCUUCACUCUCAUCCCCAGCUCCCACUAUUCAGAUUGUUGGUGGGAGAAAUCCGACUUGGAAUGAAAACGGAAAUGCCAAUUCUGAUGGUUUUGAAGAUGAUUGGUAUGACCUGGAUACUGAUCUCUAUCACUGGACCAAGGCACUGCGUCCUGUUCAGUGGUAUCCUGGUCAUAUUGCCAAAACUGAGAAAGAACUGAAAACACAACUCAAGUUGAUGGAUGUAGUGAUUGAGGUUCGAGAUGCGAGAAUUCCAUUGUCCACUAGUCAUCCACAGAUGGAUUUAUGGCUUGGUAAUAGGAGAAGAGUUUUGGUGUUGAAUAGAGAAGACAUGAUUUCCACGGCAGACCGGAAUGCUUGGGCGACCUAUUUUGCAAGGCAAGGGACGAAAGUUGUCUUUUCGAAUGGCAAACUUGGAAUGGGCGCUAUGAAGCUAGGGCGGUUAGCUAAAGCAUUAGCAGCAGAUGUAAACGUCAGACGCAGAGCCAAAGGACUUCUUCCUCGUGCGGUACGAGCUGGGAUUGUUGGAUAUCCAAAUGUUGGCAAAUCGUCUUUGAUUAACCGUUUGCUGACGAGACGAAUGUGUCCAGCAGCUCCAAGACCUGGAGUUACAAGAGAACUGAAGUGGGUUCAUUUCGGGAAAGACCUUGAAUUGCUAGAUUCUCCUGGUAUACUCCCAAUGCGGAUUAGCGAUCAAACAGCAGCAAUAAAGCUUGCUAUUUGUGAUGAUAUUGGAGAGAGAUCCUAUGGUGUUGUGGAUAUUGCAGCAAUUCUUGUCCAGAUGUUAGCAAGGCUUCCAUCAGUGGGUAUAAAGACUCUUAACAAACGCUACAAGAUGGAUGCGGAUGGUUACUGUGGUAAAACAUUUGUUCAGAAGCUUGCAGUUCACUUGUUCAAUGGAGACACACAUCAAGCCGCAUUUCGUGUUCUGACGGAUUUUCGAAAAGGGAGAUUUGGUUGGAUUGCGCUGGAGAGGCCUCCCAGAUGAUAUUAUUGAGACUUGGUGGUAGACCAGGACAAAGUGGUCAAGCAUUCAUCGGUCGUCACUCUUUGAAUAUCCAAAGAUUCUGAAUGCCAAUAUUGAGAUACGUACAUGGAUUAAGAAUCCUCCAUGAACUUGAUACUUUAGCAGGAGCUAUGAAAUCUUUGAUAGCCAAUAUCCUGGAGGAACUUGAGCUUAGUAUAGCUUAAUAAUGUUCAUUGAGGACGCAAC